AUGCGGCACAGUACAAAGUUUGGUGAACUCGGUUUCGGCCGUGUUCCAGACCUUGGUGGUAUCGAUGUCGCCGCCGACGAGCUCCUCGAGGUGCGUCGUCAAGGCUCGGCCGUCGAUCUCGGGUCCGGUUCCAGGCCCGCCCACGCGCUCGGUGAUGUCGAAGAUGAUGCUGGUGAAGCCGUCCUUGUCGAUCCAGACCUCUUGGUUGUCCGGGACUUCUCGGAGUUUGCUGCGCAGCCGCCUGUUAGUCCAGCUCGCUUGGGUUUGCGAUAG